CUUGCCUGAUGGAGCAAAGGUGCUAUCUCCUUCCCGAAGUCCUUGCAGCUCGCAGGAAGCCAACAGCGCCCGACCUGCAGUGGGACUUGUGAGUGUCUUCCUAUUGGAAAGUGAUUUUUCCUUUUCCCCACCCCAGGCAACCAGUCAUGACAGCUGAAAAGACCAUUCCCAUCAUUAACGGCAAGUCAGAAGAUGCUUUGGACCCAGAAGCCUCCAGUACCAACCUCGUCCACAGUAAUGAUAAAAAGGUGCACGAAAGGGGCCACUGGAACAAUAAGGUUGAAUUUGUCCUGUCCGUGGCUGGGGAGAUUAUCGGGUUAGGAAAUGUGUGGAGGUUCCCCUACCUCUGCUACAAGAAUGGAGGAGGUGCUUUCCUCAUUCCAUAUGUGGUUUUCUUUAUUUGCUGUGGAAUACCGGUAUUUUUUCUGGAGACUGCCCUGGGACAGUUUACUAGUGAAGGAGGUAUUACAUGUUGGAGGAAAGUUUGCCCUCUAUUUGAAGGCAUUGGAUAUGCUACCCAAGUUAUCGAAGCGCAUUUAAAUGUUUAUUACAUCAUCAUUUUAGCAUGGGCUAUCUUCUAUCUAUUUAACUGCUUUACCACAGAGCUCCCAUGGGCCACUUGUGGGCAUGAAUGGAAUACAGAAAACUGUGUGGAAUUUCAGAAGCUUAAUAUGAGCAACUGCAGUCAAAUCUCAUUACAAAAUGCCACUUCUCCAGUCAUGGAAUUCUGGGAACGCAGGGUGUUAGCCAUAUCAGAUGGAAUUGAACAUAUUGGGAAUCUUCGCUGGGAAUUGGCAUUGUGUCUCCUUGCUGCUUGGACUAUCUGCUACUUCUGCAUUUGGAAAGGAACCAAGUCAACUGGAAAGGUGGUAUAUGUAACAGCCACAUUCCCAUAUAUGAUGCUACUGAUUCUUCUUAUUCGAGGAGUAACUUUACCAGGGGCUUCUGAAGGGAUAAAAUUCUACCUGUAUCCUGAUCUAUCCAGAUUGUCUGACCCACAGGUCUGGGUGGAUGCUGGUACACAAAUAUUUUUCUCCUAUGCCAUCUGCUUAGGAUGCUUGACAGCUUUGGGGAGUUACAACAACUACAAUAACAAUUGCUACAGGGACUGCAUUAUGCUCUGCUGUUUGAACAGUGGCACAAGUUUUGUUGCUGGUUUUGCCAUCUUUUCUGUCCUUGGUUUUAUGGCUUAUGAACAAGGGGUGCCCAUUGCAGAAGUAGCAGAAUCAGGACCAGGACUUGCAUUCAUUGCCUAUCCAAAAGCUGUCACCAUGAUGCCUCUUUCUCCACUGUGGGCAGCUUUGUUUUUCAUGAUGCUUAUAUUCCUUGGAUUGGAUAGUCAGUUUGUGUGUGUUGAAAGCCUUGUGACAGCUGUGGUGGAUAUGUACCCAAAGAUUUUCCGAAGGGGAUACAGAAGAGAACUGUUGAUUCUUGGCCUUUCAAUUGUGUCAUACUUCAUUGGCCUAAUAAUGUUAACAGAGGGUGGAAUGUACGUUUUCCAGCUGUUUGACUCCUAUGCGGCUAGUGGAAUGUGCCUUCUUUUUGUUGCUAUAUUUGAAUGUAUCUGCAUAGGCUGGGUUUACGGCAGCAAUCGCUUUUAUGAAAACAUUGAAGAUAUGAUUGGAUACAAGCCAUUGACAUUAAUUAAAUGGUGUUGGAUGUUCCUAACUCCUGGUAUUUGUGCUGGAAUCUUCAUCUUUUUCCUGGUAAAAUAUAAGCCUUUGAAAUACAACAAUGUAUAUACCUACCCUGACUGGGGCUACGGGAUAGGGUGGAUGAUGGCCCUCUCAUCCAUGGUUUGUAUUCCUUUGUGGAUCUGCAUUAAGUUAUGGAAGAUGGAAGGAACCAUUCUAGAGAAAUUCAGGAAACUGAUUGUACCUAGCCCAGAUCUGAAAAUGAGAGGGAAGCUUGGUGCAGGAGCAUAUGCUGCUACAGUAAAUGAUUGUGAUGCCAAACUGAAAGGUGAUGGCAACAUUUCAGCCAUCACAGAGAAGGAGACUCAUUUCUGAAAGAACUAUCUUUUUUGUUUUAUUUUUUGUAUAAAUAAAUAAAUAAAAAUACUUCACUUAAUUAUAGAGGCUGGCUUGUUUUGCACAAAAUGUAUUAACCGGUUAAUUUUAAAGUGAACAUUGUAUACUUGUUUAAAAGUGAUUUUUUUUAAUUAUUAUAUAAGUAACGAUUAUAUAAAAGAAAAAAGAAAUAGUAUUGUAUUGUAUGUUAGUGCUGACUUCUUGUAAUAUGGUAAUUUCACUAAAUGUUUUAUAGACAUUAGAGGAACCUGUAUAAUGUGUUGUAAAACUUUUCUACUUGGGUUUUUGAAAGGCAUGGUGUUGUAUAGGUAUAUGCAUUUUAACCUGUAAACAUUUCAGACCAUUUCAGCUUUUAAUGUAUGUAUAUAAAAGGGACCACAGCAUUCUUUUGUUUAUAUUGGAGGGAGUUUUUGGAGGGCUUGUAACUCUGCUAUCUCACAGUUCUAUCAGAGUGUGGGCUUGAUCCAAGGCCUAUGUAAGUUAAUGCGAAGGAAUCUUUGACUUCAAUGGGCUUUGGGAUCAUGCUGUUUUGUCAAGAUAAAGUUACACAUUUUGCUUAGGCCAUACUAAGGACACUUAAAACAAGAGUGUCCACGCUUUAAAGCUUGUUGAAUCAUGCUGGGUGCCUUCUGAGUGUCUCAGUAUUGUACCACUUUAGGUGAAGGUUAACUCUGGGCCAUGCUACCUAGCUUGUGUUAGCAUAAUUUCAGUCUGGUCCAUGGAGAUAAAAUGAGCAAUUUGCUGUCCUCCAGCAUUCCAGAAUGCACUGUUCCCAGGCCCCCUCUGCCCAAAGCAGGGAUAAAGCCCAGUUGUCCUGGCUCCUAGCCACACCCCUACUCACUAGCCCUGUAGUGGUAAAUGAGAGCAGUGCAGGAAAGAAACAGUAUUAAACCUUACUUCCAUCUGCACACAGCACAUUUUAACUUUGACACCACUUAAUAUUCCUCAGAUUUAGUAUGGUCUAAGUGUAAAGUGUAACUUCACCUUUAAUCGAACUCUGGCCCAGAACCCUGCAUUCCUUUUGCCUGAGUUAGAAAUUCUGUAGGGUUGGGUUUUAUAGCUAGCAAAGUAUUGCCUGUGGGGGGUGAGUGCUCUAUCUGGAGGCUAAGGGACUACCACCUCAUUUAGUUCUCCCCCAUUUACUCCUGAGUUGCUUCCAACAGACAGGUAUAAACAUGUGGUGGAACGGGCCCACCUAUAAAUAACUAUUUUCCUGGAGACAGUAUAGAGAAUAUUUUUUAAGAGCUAUUAUGUUUUUGUUGUAUUUGUGAACUGGAUAGUCUCUAAACUUGCAAAUAUUGCUUCACGGGAAUGUUAAAGCAAUUUCAUUUGUUCUUGUCUCUGAUUGGCCAGCACUUUAUAUUCCUUUUUCCAUUCCCUAAAUCCAAUGUGUUUUUACUUGUAAAACUGAAAGAGUCUGAGAGUAGUCUUCUAGUUUUCUUAGAUGGAAAGGUUUUGAAGAGAAAUGGAACAAAUUUAGAACUCUAAAAUAUAUUUAUAAACCCCUCACUGAAAAUCCAGAAUGCACUAAUGACAAUAGAUAACACAUCUAUCUUUUUACCUUCAAGCCCAUUAUUAACUACUGUCAAAUUAAGCCAUUAUGCUGCUGCUCUUAGUGGAGUCAGAUUCCCAUUGAUGCCAAAAUGGCAGUUUUGCUUGGUGAAGGAAUGCAGCGGUUGGCUCCUAAUCUACACAGGAGCCCCAUGAGGUAAGGUAAAUAGGAUAUAUUGUACAGACAGAGAAACUGAGGAGAAAGAGGUGUCUUUCCCAGUGCUACAAAGGGAGUAGGAUCUGGGUUUUGAAAUCAUGGAUUUGUUUAUUCCAGCAGUUGUACAAACCUACUCUUUGACUUAAGCAGAGAUUAUUUUUGUGAUGCUAUCUGAAGGAAGGAUGGUAUCCUAGGGUCAUUUACUAAUUAUCAGGCACAAGACCUGCCAAUAUCCCAAGCCCCAGUGCUGUUAGCUCUGAACAUUAUCUUUUCCCUUUCUUCUUAAACUGACAGGAUAUAUAUAACCCAAAGCCUAAGCAUGUGGGGGGAAUAAGUUUACAGCACUGUAUAAACUCUCCUAACCAAAAUAACCUGCAAACAGUAGCAAAACAGCCUUGGAGCAGUGCUGCAGGACUGUCUCUUCAGGUAGGUUGAAAAGCACCUCAAAUGGCCAAUACCAGGAACAAGAUUAGGAAAGAUUCAGCUGAGCUGGAAGUGCUACUUAAUGCUGGCCCUCUGCACAGGGAUAGAUUUCACCCAUAGAUUCUGGUAUAUCUUAAUAUUACACAGAGAUGUAUCAUAUAUUUGACAAAUAAAUGGGGUUUAAAAUAAUUUGCACAGCCACUAUAAAAUAUUCUUCAGUAGUAUCACAGCCUCAAGCCAAAUUAUGCAAUGUAUUUUAUGUUUUUGGUGAAGGGGGAAUGGAAAGCGAGGAAAGGAAGGGUCUUACACCAACCUAAAUUGUAGUGGCUUUGGAUACCUUAUUUUUUGCUUGCUCAAAAAAGGUAUCUUGCAAGAGCUUGAUUUCCAGAGAUUGCUAAGCAUCCACCUUUUGAAAACUGUGUCUCUUCAAAAUAGUCUUCAGUUGGGCAUCCAAAACUGGAAGUACCCAAAAUAUCUAGUCAUUUUUGAAAGCCAUGAUAUUUUCUGGAGAGAAAUGUCACAAGUAUUAGAACUGCAUCUGAGUAUAUAACUGAAAAAAAAAAACACUGGGAGAUAAAUCCAUCCUACAUCCUGAAGUUGGAAAAAAAAUAGAAAUAAAGUUUAGAAAUUUGCACAUCUUUGCAGUUCUAGCAGUUUAUUUUAUACACAUCAGGCCAGAUUCUAUUCCACCUACUCCACAUAAAUAGAUUUAGGUAGUCCUGUUCCAUCUUGUUCAAGUCCCUUAAAAAUUUAUUAAUACAGAAAGUGAAAUGCAUAUCUUUCUUAUCCUUGCUGAUUUUGUAUCACUCAAUUUUAAGGGUAAGAUGACACU